AUGCAGUGGUUGUGUGCGUUGGUCGGUGCCGUCGCCGUCAUCUCUCCGGCGACGUGCCAACACGACGCUUUUGCCCUUCCACAAGCGCCCCGCUUCGCCCCGAAGCCCACUGUGCCACCAGAGUAUUCCUCAUUCUUUGAGCUAGACGGUCAUGCUCGUGAACUCGUUGAUUCGCUGCUGGGCCCUCGUCCCGGCGGUCUAUUUCCAGAAAAGGCUUACGAAAUUGGUGCUCCCUCUGAGCCUGUAAGCAAUAAUAAGCCUGUCCACGUGCCCUCCACUCUAGAGAGAACGCUUGAGCAGUUCUUCACAGCACCUGAACCAGCCAGUGGGCAGGCCCUGCCUCCUGGCUUCGGUUCUGGAUUCGCACUUCUGAACAAUAAUAAGCCAGUCACUUCUUUCGGUUCUGGCAACACGCGUAGAGCUCCAGAGAAAAAGAACAAAGACGACUCAGUAGAGGGAUCUGGAGAAGCACCUAAGAGCUCGAUUGGCGGUAUACCUAAAGUGUUCCCAAAACUUCCCAAGGCACCCAUCGUCCAGCCACAAUCUUUCCGUAGCCGUGAGGCCGUUGUUAUUGACGACACACCAUCACUUCCACAAAUCCCUACCGCUCCGGAGGUUCCUGAAGGUGGAUUCUUACCAGCAGAAAUUCGUCGUGCUCCACAAUCUGUAUCAAAUGUAGCUUCUUCCGUUGAUGAUGAUGGAGAUGAAGGGAAUGAUGACGACGAGUUCGGUGGUCUGUCUGAAGAGUCAUCCACUUCUUCUGGUGGCCUCAUCGGAACUAUUUUCAAUCUGAUUAGCAUGACCCAGAAGAAGGCAGCUGAAUCUAAGAAUGGGAAAUCCGCAGUGGAGGACAAGAAUGCUCUGGGAAAAGCAGUGUCGAACCUUAUCGGCGGCGAAAACAGUCCACUUCCUGCAAAGAACAUGAUCUCGAACGUACUGUACAAGGCUCUGACAUCGAACAGUGUGCAGCCCAACGACACGUUAGCUGAGCACCCUGAGCUUCCUUCUCUCAAUAAUCUCACCCUAACACCUGCUCAAUCCGCUGCGAUCACUGAGAAUCUGGAAAUGGUUCAGAACUUCAUUAUUCAACCAUCUUCUCCUCUAUGCACUCACAAACCUGAACCGGUCGGCUUCGAGCUGCAGUCGUUUAUGGGCCAGUGGUAUCAGGUCGUCUACAGCCCUCCAUUGUCUGCUGGACAAUGUAGCAUGGUUGCGUACAAGAAGCUGAAUGACGUAAACAACGGAGGCCCAGGAUCGAUCUUUGAGAUAUUCGAGUACACAACCGAUGGAACACCGUACGGGAAACCAAAGAUCAGCUCUGGGUAUGCCAUGAUUAAGUCACCAGGAGAACUUAUCUACCGAACAACUUCAAAUCAGGAAGACGUUAAUGUGCACGUUCUCUACUUGGGACCAUUAAAUUCAAAUAACGAAUACGAAUACGUCAUCAUGUCAACGAACUGCAACUUCCCAUUAUAUGUGUUCGCUAGAGAUCCAGUUGUUUACAAGCAGCGUUACGAGAGCGACGUAAAUGCGGUUCUGGAGAGAAAGGGACUGGUCAACGGAAUCUCCCGCCUUCUAAACAUUGUCGCACCGGUCGAGAGUUCUCUUUGCACAUUCCCUCCUUCAUUAUUCAACAUUCAAGGUUGA